UCAAUUUGAUAACAACAACUUCAGGGGGACUGAGAUUCCAGCUUCUUAUGGAAACUUUUCCCAAUUAGCAAAAAUAAGUCUUAGGAAUUGUAGCUUGCAGGGAGAAAUUCCUGAUUUUAGCAGGAUACCUAACCUUCUUUAUCUAGAUCUAAGCUGGAAUCAACUGAGUGGAUCCAUACCUUCACAUAGACUCUCUCACAAUAUGACUACAAUCGAUCUGUCAGAUAACCAGCUUAAUGGAUCUAUUCCUGAGAAUUUCUCUGAUCUUCCUUCACUUCAGAAAUUGUCACUCGAGAAUAAUUUCUUGACUGGUUCUGUCCCUGCUAUAUGGUGGAACAUAUCUUUUAGUACAAGAGCAAGACUUAAACUGUAAAUUCCUUUACCAAAAAAGUA